CAGCUCCGGGGGGGGGGUUGACGGCUUUUGUAGGGUGGCGGCAGCGGCGGUGGCGCCUUUCCGUGUGGUCCGUACCGCUUCUGUUGCGGGAGCUGGACUGAGUGUGACAGAACGAGGGUCGGGAGAGGGGGUCGCUGCCUCCUCCAGUACAUCGAAGUGAGGAGAAGCCGCCGCCCGGACUUUUUUCCUUUACCCCGGUCCCCCGCCCCCUCACCGCAAGCCCGAAGGAAGCGGCGGCGGCGACAUCACUUCACCCUACCCUUCCCCCUCCCCCGCCCCCCAGCCCUGAGAGGUCCGGCUUGCUCCCCAAUUCUUUCCUCACCCCUCCCGAUUGCUCGCUCACUACGCCGCUGCUGCUGCCGCCGCCGCCAUGUCGGCGCAGGCCCAGAUGCGUGCUAUGCUGGACCAGCUGAUGGGCACUUCUCGGGACGGAGACACUACCCGCCAGCGAAUCAAAUUCAGCGAUGACAGAGUAUGCAAGAGUCACCUUCUCAAUUGCUGUCCUCAUGAUGUUCUCUCUGGAACUAGGAUGGAUCUUGGAGAAUGUCUGAAGGUCCAUGACCUGGCUUUAAGAGCAGAUUAUGAAAUCGCAUCCAAAGAACAAGACUUCUUCUUUGAGCUUGAUGCAAUGGAUCAUCUGCAAUCAUUCAUUGCAGACUGUGACCGGAGAACAGAAAUGGCCAAGAAAAGAUUAGCAGAAACUCAGGAAGAGAUUAGUGCCGAAGUGGCAGCUAAAGCAGAACGUGUCCAUGAAUUGAAUGAGGAAAUUGGUAAACUACUUGCCAAAGUGGAACAACUAGGAGCUGAAGGUAAUGUGGAGGAGUCCCAGAAAGUAAUGGAUGAAGUGGAGAAAGCCCGAGCAAAGAAAAGAGAGGCAGAGGAAGUCUACCGGAAUUCCAUGCCAGCCUCCAGCUUCCAACAACAGAAACUUCGGGUCUGUGAAGUAUGCUCUGCUUAUUUGGGUCUUCAUGACAAUGACAGGCGACUAGCUGAUCAUUUUGGGGGGAAACUACACCUGGGAUUUAUUGAAAUAAGAGAGAAACUUGAAGAGCUAAAGAGAGUUGUAGCUGAGAAGCAAGAAAAAAGAAAUCAAGAACGCCUGAAGCGCAGAGAAGAAAGAGAGAGAGAAGAAAGGGAGAAGUUGAGAAGGUCCCGAUCACAUAGCAAGAAUCCUAAAAGAUCCAGGUCUCGAGAGCAUCGUAGACAUCGAUCUCGCUCCACAUCACGAGAACGAAAGAGAAGAACUAGAUCCAAGUCCCGUGAGAAACGCCAUCGUCACAGGUCACGCUCCAGCAGCCGGAGCCGAAGCCGCAGCCACCAGAGAAGCCGGCAUAGCUCCAGAGACCGGAGCAGAGAGCGAUCCAAAAGAAGAUCCUCAAAAGAAAGGUCUUCUGGAGAUAAAGAGCGGUCAUUAAGAGACCAAGACCUAACAUCACGGGACAAAGAUAGAAGUUCCAGAGAGCGGUCACCUCGUGACAGAGAGAGAAAAGAUAAGAAACGUUCCUAUGAGAGUGCUAAUGGCCGCUCAGAAGACCGGAGGAGCUCUGAAGAGCGUGAAGCCGGGGAGAUUUAACAGGCUCUACAUUUCCUCAAUCCUUAAGCUUCCUAUGGAGUUACAUACUAUUGUUUAGUUUACAGCUGUUCAAGGCGACCCAGCCGUUCCAGACACCAAUCCAACUAGGCUAGAUGUACAGUAUCUAGAGUUUGGCUAUAACUCAAUCUGAACUCACCGUCUUUUCCUGGAUGAAGUCUAAAAUUGCAUCCAUAAUUUCUGGUGAACCCUAAUACAAUUCUGAAAGGUUAUUCUGUUCACAAGUGCAGUUUUAUGUAGUAAAAUGCAGAUCUCUAUGUUUUAUUUUCAGUAGAAGUUAGAGUGAACAAAUUGUGUUACUUGCCUUGGGCUUUCUUGAACAUUUGUAAAAUCCUUCUUUUCUAGUCCAAAUAGCAGCAGCUUUGGGAGUCUUGUUUUGAUUUCUUCCCCUACCCUUCUGUCCUACCUUUGCACCUGCCAUCCCAGAUUGCAAAGUGGGACAGGAAUUGAAGGGGCCAUAUAACUCGGGUUAGAAACUUUUCUGUUCCCACCGAUUGAUUACCAGUUGGUUACAUUUCGGAGCAUUUAUUGCUGGGGUGUGUGUUCUGGAGGAAAUGGAAAUGUUUAUUUCUUUUUUCCCUUUUUUAAAACAGUGCCUAUUUAGAUUUGGAAGUUGAACAGCUGUUGCAUUACACCUUUUGCAUUUUUAUUGAAAUUUUGAAAUCAAACCUUGUCUUGAUUUUUCUGUUACAUUGAGUUGCUAUGUUCAGGUUGUUGGGGGGAUUCUUCCUUAAGCACUUCUUGCCUUUAUUUUUUCUUGUGGAGUGUAAAGGCUACACCUCUUAAUUGUUUUAAAAAAAAAAAGAUAAUAAAAUGAAAACAGCAAUCACCACCACCACCAUUACCACCAUCACAUCACAUCACCAUCACCAUCACCAUCAAACAGCCUACAUUGUUCAGUAAGUUGUCACUUGGCACUUAAUCCUGUGGACAUUCCUCACCUUUGUCUUUCAUUGAUAAUUCCUUUCUAUGUAAGACACAAAAGAUGUAAGGAAACACUUGCAAAAAUUCUGAACUCUGGGCAUAACUGUUUGACCCAGGCCAUCUAUACUGCUUGUAUUCAGCUAUCCAAGUUUAUAAUUUCUGCCACAAGGAGGGACUUGGACCUGCUAGAAGAAAUGAUCUGAUUCUUCUGUUUAUUGGGCAGUACAAAAUGAAAUAAAAAUAUGGUGUAAACAAAGCAAUGAGAGGAACAGUAUUUGGUUAGUAAGAGUUGAUUUUAAACCCAAUAAGGUGUUGAAAGAUGGUAGGAAAACAAUACUUGAGUAUAGAAAUCCAUAACACACUUUUAUCCACUGAAAAUUGUUUUCCGUUUCAUGUAACCAACUGAGAUGUCAGUUUUCCAGAGAUGAGUCUGGAGUUGCAAGAACUCCAUAGAGAGCAGGUUUCUAAAAAGGAAUAUUUUAGUUGAAUAACACUGAAUUUAGAUCUAAAAGGAAUUGAAGUCUAAGUGCCAGUCUUACAGAUAAUGGCCCUGUUUGCUGAAGGGCCUCUGUUUUCUUCUUUUUUUGCCUGUCUUUGCCAGUCUCCUUUGUUAAGAUGUUGUUGCUUUUGUUGCUUGACUGUAUCAUCAUCUGGAAAGCAGAAGGAUAGGGACCGUUAAGAUGCAAGAUACAGAUCUAGAGCAUAGGGUAGAGAAAACGUCAAGUUGAGAGAGAAGAUAGACUGUGUGUGUAUAGGUGCCCAGUAUUGGCAAGGUAUUGAAAAAUACCGCACAGUAAUCCUAAGUUUAGAGCAGACUGUUGGGGAUCACUCAGAUGGCUAAAACCCUUAAUGCUUGUUUCUUUGCUGCAUCACUGCCUGUUUUAUAGUAGGCAGUGAUUUUAAAUUUGUGAUCUUACAGGAGCUAGGUAAUACAUCUGUGAGUGCUCUUUCAGUGAGGAAGUUACGUCCUGGGAAUCAGAAUCCACAGAUCUUCAACAUGUGAGUGAUUGGAAGAUGCAUGGUUCCUACCUUCAGGUGGGUGAAUGCUUCAGCCACGCAGAACACAUCUUUUAACUACUGACCUCUUCUUGGAUAACUUUUGUUACUAAGACCUUGCAACUUCCUUAGCAAAAUUCAGUAUUUUAUCCCUGUUUUUAAAAAAAAAUACUAUUAUUAUAAACUUUGUAGCCAACAAAAGUGAACACUCUUGGUAUUUACUAUGUUAAACUGAAAUUUCACCUGAAUCAGCUUAAAUCCAUUGUUUUAAGUCCCUCAAUGACCAUAGAAGAGCAACUUAAAAUGAUUCAUAUGAACCCAUACUGUUAAAAACAAUAGACCACAGUGCUAACCAAUUCACAGUAGCCUUGGGCACUUUGAGAAGGGCAUUAAUUCUUUUAGGCCAUUAGAAAACCAAAUAGCAAAUUACUGGAUAGCUUAACCCUUGCUGACUCAAAGCAAGGCCAUUCUAGGUUAGAUGAUGUUGUGAAUGAAAGAAUAUCUAUGUUAAAUAUAUUAACCCAAUAACAUGGCCUGGGUUAAACAGUAUGUGAAGGCUAGGUCUCUCCUGUGGUAUAGUUGUGUAAUUGACUUUAAGUAUUAAGUUUCAUCCUUCAGUCCAUCAUUCCAGUCUGUCACAUUUUUUUGGGUUCUGAUUCUGACAUCAAAUAUCCUGCCUAGCAUUAGGAUUGUAUGUGAAAGACAUCGCAGUUUUAAGAAAAAUAUGCUCAGUUCUUUCUCUCCUCAAGUGAAGAUAACUCAGGAAAACAUUGCCACUGCUGAAACUUCAACUAAGGUGUAGCACUGGCUAUCAGUAUUGGGAUUUGUAGAGAGAUAAGAGGGGAAAACAAGGAGGCAUUAGGAUUUCAAGGGGCCAGCCAGAGCAUUCUGGUGGGGUUGCUAAAUUUUAGUGUUAGACUAGGGGCACUGCCAUUGGGUAAGCGAAGUAGGAAGGCAUUUGAGUGCCAUGUUGAUUGGAAGGAGUAGACACCAAAGGACACAGUGGGUUUCCAUUAAGCAGGUCUGAAGCAGAAUGUCGGAAUUCCAGGGAGUAGAAAGCAGUCACAUAGCUGGUGUCCAGUGGGGCAGGUUUGGAAUUGGGGAGAGGGCGGUGUAGUCGGUGUUAGGCAGUGUAAUCAAUCAACACAAGCCCGGGGUGUAUGUGUGUGUGGGGGGUAUUAAUGUGAAAGAUGUUAGGCAGUGGAAACCUAGGUAGAGAACUUUCCCUUAACUCCUUAAAGGAUUGAUUGGGCCACACAGAAUUUGACACCCGGAUACAGGCUUCUGUGGCUACAGGUUAAAACCCUGGUAGAAACUUAAUACGGAACCAGACCCUACAAUACUAGGCAGAUAUAAAAGAGGAGCAGAGUGAGGAUAGGAAUUCAGGCCACAAGAGACUAGAUAACCAUUGGGAGAAUGGGUAAGGCCAAUAGCAAGACCAUUUUGAACUUGAUCUGAAGUCAGUUUAAACAAUUCUGUUUCUUACUCAGAGGCCAGGUAAUAGCUCAGGCAAGGAAGUCCUGAGUAGAGGAAUGAAUGUCUGGUAGGGGACCCAGACUUUCUCCACUACAUGGAAGCCUAGGAUUACAGCAUUUCUUUUCCCUGGUUCAAAGACUAAGGGAGAUUUGGAACCCAAUGUUUUUGACUAGAGCUGGUCACCAAAAGUCACAGAAAUGAGGAGUUAACAUCCAUGGAGACUACUCAUCUGAAAAAAAAAAAAAAGGUUUCCCUUGUGUGUAAGCAUCAAUCAGCAAAGGAGAAUGGAGGUCGGACCACAGGGUCAGGUGCAUUCCCUGGGCUUCCCACAUCCUGAUAACAAGGAGAGUGAAGUGGAAGACUCUACUGAUCCCGAAUUUAAAUGCCAACUCUGCUAUCUAUAUAUCUCUACUACCUGUAGGACCAUGGAUGUCACUUAACCUCCUUGGGCCUUGUUCUGCAUUUCCUCUAAAGCCCCAGUUCUAACUUUAUAAGCUUAUUGCCCUAUGACAUGUUAGUUGGAGUUUUUAAAAGCUUGUGCCAAUGUUUCGUGAUAUAAAGGGGAAGAGAAACUUUCCUAGGACAAGUCUACCAAAUUGGGGGAGGGGGAGAGUUUUGGGGGCUUUUCCUUUAACCUUUUAUAUCCGUGUUGGGUACCUGCUAUGUUCCAGGCUGGGAAAAGAGACUUUCUGGCUCCCUCAUCCCAACUCACUUGGGAUCUCCACAGAGAUUGCACCAGCUGGGACAUUCUCAUGAGGACCUAUCAGAUUUGAUACAGUUGGCAAAGGGGGAGACAGCACCUUCCUCAUUUGUCCCAAUCCAACAGUCUCUACCACCACAAUUCUUUUUCUCCUUUGCAGUGCAUUAAAGAAACUACUCCUGGAGUAACAGACUAGAGGGCACCUACUAUCUAAAGCUUAUCAUGUUUUUUGCAGGUUUCAGAGAGGUUUAGUAAUCUUGCAUGGUUUUAUAUGUUUGACUACCCAACAUGACCAGGCAGUGGACUCUGACUCCAUGAGUUCCCAUUUUGUGAUUGCUUCCAUAUUUCUCAGAAUCCUAGAGUUGGUAGGGAUCUUCAGUCAUAGCAAGAGGCUUCACUGGAAGCCCAGACUUCUCAAGCAUGUUUGAUUUUUGGAGCAAGAAAUAGCAUUUUCCCCUACAGUAUAUAGCCAGGCUUCUUGGCAUAGCUCAAGGAAAAUAUAAAAUUUUAUAAAGGCCUUCUACACCAACCCACUGGACCUCAGUUUCCUCAUUUGCAAAAUGAAAGGAUUAAACUAAAUAUGGUCUUUUUGGUCCUAAGUUCCAUGAUCCUCUCAUUUUACAAAUGUGGUUAAUAGGUUUGGAAGAGAGAGAUCUUGAUGAGGAAACUCAGGCCCGGAAAAGAUAGAUGACUUACCCAGGGUGACAAGGCUGGCAGAGCUAGAACUAAAAUUCCAUUAAUUUUUUUUUCUUAGUAGAUGGUUAUGUUACAUAAUCAACUACGAAAAUCAACCAUACCAUGUAUGGAAUUUACAUUUGAAACCCAAUAAACUUACAAUAAAGUGA